AUGUCAUCAUCCAGCGUUCUCGAUUCAAAGGCUAACCCUCUUGCCGCUACGAAAUCAAUCGACUACAGUGCCUACCUUGAAUUGUCUCGAGUCAAAAACCGGGCGGGCAUCUUGCUCAUCUUCUGGCCCUUUGCAUGGGGCCUCGUCAUGUCAGCAAGGACACUGAACCUUCCACUUAACGUUGUCUUGCGAUUCCUGGGCUGGGGGAUCAUCGGAUCGUUCUUAUUUCACAGCGCUGGAUGUAUCUGGGACGACAUUGUUGACAGGAACCUCGAUGCUCAAGUUGAGCGCACGAAGAACCGCCCUUUGCCAUCCGGGCGCGUCUCCGUUCGCGGGGCAUUGGUAUGGUUGACCAUCAAUAUCAUCCCUCUUCUCGCAUUGCUCUGGCCAUCCAACCCUCUUGCGUUCAGAUGGACCAUCGGGCUUGUGUCUCUCUUCCCUCUCGCUGGGCUAUAUCCUUUCAUGAAGCGCGUGACGUAUUGGCCGCAGGCGUGGCUUGGUGUGACUCUCAGUAUCGGCGUCGUCGCGGCGUGGGCCUACACCAGCGGCUCCUACCCAACGAGUGCCCUCGUGCUAAGCGGAGGUGCAUGGGCAUGGACAUUGUGGUACGACACCAUCUACGCUUGUCAAGACCGCAAAGACGACCUCAAAGCCGGCAUCAAAUCCACCGCCGUGCUCUUUGCCUCCCGCACAAAGCUCGUCAUCGCGCUGUUCGGCAUGAUAUUGCUCGCGGCGCUUUACACAGCGGGUGUGCUGAACAAUCAAGGGUAUGCUUAUUUUGUUCUUAGUGUUGGUGGGGCGGCGGUGGAUCUGCUUCUGCAGCUGAUGGAGAUAGACUUUGAGAGGACGGAAAGCUGUGGGAGGGCGUUCCAUAGGAAUGGAUAUACGCUUGGAAGUAUUGUGUUCUUUGGCAUCUUUAUAGACUACGCACUCACUUGUUUGGUAUAA